AUGACACCCUCUCCCUCCCAUAUCAAACUCCGCCCAUUUUUGAAACAUUUGAAUUGCGUAACAACCCCAUCAGCUUCACAUCUUCAGUCUUCUUGCGAUAUUGCUUCCUCGAAAAGACCGGUUAGUAGUUCAAACAAGCUUACUCUCACUAUGGGUGCCGUCUGCGUCUCGCGCUAUUUUUCGAAUGAAUAUUACACAACCAAAUAUAUAGAUAUAUUUCUAAGAUUUUCGUGGCCAUCAAAGAAAGCACUCUUUGCGAUCUAAGCCAUCCUAAAUUUGUUUUUCUUUUCUCACUUUCACUAGUUGUCGUUCAAAGUAAAAGAAUUUGUGAAAAUCAUAAUUCUGAACUGAAAUUGUUCUAAUUCUCAGAAGAACAGAGAUGAAGCCUUGGAAAAAUUUAAUGAACUUUUCGUAUAUUUGAAUUUGCAAUGGAAAAUUGUGUGCUUCAGAAAACUGUACCAUAAAAAUUUGUUGAAUUUUUUGGAUUUCCCAGUUAAUAACCUUGAACAUUAAAAUUUUUGAUUAAUAGAUUUUCCUGAUGACCAAAAUUUGCAUUUGGAAAAAUAUGGGAAGUUUUUUUUUAAAUCUUCAAUUUCUUUUUCGUAAAGUUUAUCUUUGAAAUCACCUAGCUACAGGUAAUUUUGGUUUUCUUAAUUUUGAUGAAAUUUUGGAGAAAUCAGAUAAUUUAUAAUUUUCAUUCAAAAAGUAAAUAAACUGAAAUUUUUAGAAAUUUGAUAAGUACUCUUAUUUCACUUUUCACAUUUCUUUUCUUCAUUUUUUUUUUGAAUAGUUAUAGUAUAAUACAACAUUCCUCUUUUCUCUCAUCAUUUUUCCAGAUCAAACCACUUUUUUUGCAUUCUUUUUGGUUUACAAUUAUAAGAAGGUGGUACUGUACUACUAUCAAAGUUUGCCAUCUUCUUCUUCUUCUUCUUCUGCUUCUUUUUUCCUUCAUAUUUCUUCCAUCCACUUUUUUCUGCUUUUGCCAUUUUAUCCAGUUUUCGUGAUUUUUCGGGGCGAAAUAAAUAAAAAUACAAAAAUAUAUAUGUUUAUGUUUCAAUUGUGUUUUUUUUUGUGUUGACCUGGCAUAUAACAUAUAAUAAUUUGUGCACACAAUUUGCACUUUUUUGUUCGGAAGAAGAAGAACAUUGUUGCAUUUUGCAGAUGAAAAAUCAUAGAUUAAAUCAUUUUUCUCAACCAGAUGUUCCAACCUAAUACUUCUCCCAAAUUUCUAGUUCCAAAAACUUUUUUCUAAAUCUUGAAAGUUGUUAUUUUUCUUGCGAGCAGAAUCUGAAACAUCUAUCUUCUUUCCUAUUUUUUUUUAAUAGACGAGUUCGAAAAAAAAAGUUUCAUUCCAAAAUUAGCGAAUCAAUUACACUCUCAUAAAUAACCAGCUCAUUUAUGUUUUUUGUCAAGAACUUUGACAAACAAACUCCCAUCCAAUUUUCAAUGCCUUCUUCUUUUUCCACUCUUGACCAUUAGUUGUUUUUGCUUAUUUUACAGAAAUUUUCCAUGAUUUUGUCAUGGAUUCUUCUCAUUUCUCAACUUCCACAAUUUAUAACAUCAAGGGAGUCUGAAAUUGUGAUUAUAUCUGAUAAUUUGGAUGCUUUGACAAUCGAUGAUUUUGAAACAGCUGAUAAAUUGACCAAAGGUAAAUUUUCCAAUAACGGUUACAUAAUAAAAUUUCGGAAAGAAAACGAAAGUUUUUCUCUCUUUUUUUCCUAUAACACAGUUCAUGAAUCAUUUUUAUAGAAGAAUUAUUUGGAAAACAUAUACCGGUUGAAAUUGUGAAUGAUUUCAAAAAUGAUAUUCGAUUACCAAGAAGACACAAAAGAAAUGGUGUGUCUCGAGCUGCUAAAUUAUGGCCAAAUGCGAGAAUUCCUUAUGCAAUCUCGCCACAUUAUUCAUCACAUGAAAGAGCGCUUUUGGCAAAAGCGGUCAAGCAGGUGAGUCAGUUGGCAUUGAGUGUUUUUAUUAUCCAUAAAUACUUUAUUGUUAUGGAAUUAUUUUUUGAUCUACAAAAAAUCAAGGCUAUAUUUAGUUUUGAAAUUGCUAUUUUUCAACCAACAUAGAUUUGUUGAAUUUUUGAAAAAACAUGCAAAUUUUCAAUAAUAAUUCAAUGAUUUCCGCAAAAAAAUAGCUUUCCAAACUUUUUAGAGACAGUUCUAAAUACACCCGCAAAAUUCUUGCUCAACGCGGUUGGAAAUUUUCUUCCAGCAAGAUAACUCGUUAUUUUUUACAGUACCACGAAAAAACUUGUAUCCGAUUUGUUCCACGCCAACCUGGUGAAACUGAUUAUCUUUUUAUUGGAAAAGUCGAUGGAUGUUUUUCGGAAGUUGGCCGAACUUCCGGUGUUCAAGUUUUGAGUCUUGAUAAUGGAUGUAUGGAAUAUGCAACAAUUAUUCAUGAAAUGAUGCACGUUGUUGGAUUUUAUCAUGAACAUGGUAUUUUUCGAUUUAUUUUUCAGAAAAAAACAAACAUUCGGAAUUGUAUUUCAGAACGUUGGGAUCGUGAUAAUUUUAUUGAUAUAAUCUGGCAAAAUAUCGAUCGAGGAGCUUUGGAUCAAUUUGGAAAAGUUGAUUUAAGCAAAACUUCAUAUUACGGUCAACCAUAUGAUUAUAAAUCAAUUUUACAUUAUGAUAGUUUAGCAUUCUCGAAAAACGGUUUUCCAACAAUGUUGCCCAAAACAAAAGGUUUGUCUCUGAUUUUUAUUUUUUUAAUUUUUCAAAAAAAAACUCAUUAAAAAUUUUUUUUCUAAAUAAUUAAGAGAAAACAAUUUUUAGAUAUUAAUUAAUUCUCAAAAAAAAAAAAUGAAUUUUCUUCAAAAGGGGACUGACAGAAAUAAAUGUAAUUUACAGCUGCAACAAUUGGAAAUGCUCGAGAUUUUUCCGAUGUUGAUAUAGCAAAAAUCAAUCGAAUGUAUAAUUGUCCGGUUGAAAAAUCAAUUUCUGCACCAUUUGCUAGAGCUAGGGUAAGAAAACAUGAGAGUUUUUGAAUAGAAAAAAUAGUGAAAUAGUGAAAAUUGUCUGAAAGCAAACCGAUCCAGAAAUUUUGAAAAUUGGACUUGGUCAAUUUUUUUGGAUUUAUUUUUCGACAUAAUUACGAACUUUCCAAAACUCCUUUUACAAACUCAAUAAAACAUUCCAGCAUGUUCCAAUUUAUUCUCCACCAAAUCAUCAUAAAUACGAAGAUCGUCCUAAAAUACCUCUUCAUUCAUUUGAUUCUCAACAAAUUCCACAGGCUCAUUCAAUGGUUAUUUCAAAUAGUUCAGGAAGUUCAAAACGUAAGUGUAUAUACAAACUUAUCAUAUUUCAUUUAUUUAUUUAUUAUUAUUUUGUAGGUUGUGAAGAUCGUAUUACAGUUUGUUGGUGGACGGCAGAUCGAUGUCGAUCACCAGCUAUUUAUCAAGUCAUGUCAUCGCUUUGCCCAAAAACUUGUAAAUUCUGCUAG